AUGAGCACUUCGGGUCCUCCUCUGAGACAGAAAAGCUACAUGGGGCAGCACCAGAUCAAGAAGAAAAAAAAGUAACCACUGGAUGAAGAUGGACUGUUGCAGAAAACCCGUUAUCUGUCAGACAAAACUAACAGAUCAGAAAACAUAGGCAGAGAAAGCCUCAUGGUGAGAGCAGUGUUCCCGCUGGGAGAAUCCACAUUAGCUCUUGAUGAAGAGAUGCUGCAGGUGCUGGAUGCUGUCGACCCUGUAAAGCCUGCAGCUAACAAUGCUUGUCUACCGACAGUAAACAGAGACACACAGGAAAAGCCAGCAGUAUCAUCAGCUGCCUUUGUCCCUUUGCCACGGUCUCUUGCAACAGUUCCACACAAUAAGAGGGAGGGUGACAGAACACCUGUUCAAGCCACAGGCCGAGGAGCCCACCGAGCCCCCAGCACCCAGGAGAGAGUCUGUUGGCUUAGCAGUGAUGGUAAGAGACCAGGAUGGACAGCCGACUGCAAAGACCUCGCUCAGAAGCUUCUCUUCAGCGAGGAUUCGGAGGAAGCGGAGCGUGCUCAGAGGGGUCCAGAAAGCGGCUGCAUUAAUGGGCCACCAUGUCAAGAAAUAAAAACCAGUCAGCAAGCCGGCAGCUCCAACAAGCAGAAGCGUUCAUCCGGAACAAAGGGUUCUCCUCUUGGCAAAGAGGAAAGUGGAUCAAGUAAAAAUGCCGACCCACCUCUUGAUGCACGCAGAGACUAUAUCCUUUUCAGCCCCACACGUCUCGCAGCUGCCAUGAAGAGGGCCAAGCUCCAGCAGUCAUUUCAGAAUCAGUCCACCUCUGUGCUCACAGUCCCCACUGGAUUAGAGCUCAGUUCUCUUAGUGACACUUUACCUCAGCCAGGCAUUGCCUUAUGUGCUCCCUUGGAGCAAGCUGAAAAGCUGCUGUUAUCCAGUUGGGGUUUGCCAAAACCUGUCCUGGAACGCUACCAGAAACACGGAGUGACUCACAUGUUUGAGUGGCAGGCUCAGUGCCUCACUGUUGGACAGGUGCUGCAGGGAUGUAACUUGGUAUACUCUGCCCCCACCAGUGCUGGAAAAACUCUGGUGUCAGAGCUGCUGAUGUUGAAGCGUGUGUUGGAGACCAAAAGAAAAGCUCUUUUCAUUUUGCCUUUUGUCUCUGUGGCCAAAGAGAAGAUGCACUAUCUUCAGAGUGUAUUUGAAGAGGCAGGAGUUCGUGUGGAGGGAUAUAUGGGCAGCACUUCAGCUGCAGGGGGGUUCACGGCGCUGGAUGUGGCUGUUUGCACCAUAGAAAAAGCCAACUCUCUGAUUAACAGACUCAUUGAAGAAGACAGUAUGGGUCUACUAGGUAUGGUGGUGGUGGAUGAGUUGCACAUGGUAGGGGAUUCUGGAAGAGGAUAUCUGCUAGAGCUGCUCUUAACCAAAAUCCGCUACAUAGCACAGAAGCAGAGCACCACAGGGUCUCUGUCUAAUGGUGUACAGAUAAUAGGUAUGAGUGCCACCUUGCCUAACCUCUCCCUCCUGGCCAGCUGGUUAGGUGCAGAGCUUUACCAGACAGACUACAGACCUGUACCCCUGCAGGAGCAUCUCAAAGUGGGCUGCAACAUCUACGACAAGAGCCUCUCUGUGGUCCGGCCGUUCACUCCUGUGCUCCACAUAAAGGGUGAUGACGACCACAUAGUGAGCUUGUGUUAUGAGACAGUGAGAGAUGGCCACUCUGUGCUGCUGUUCUGCCCCUCGAAGAACUGGUGUGAGAAACUGGCCGAUAGUAUCGCUAGAGAAUUCUACAACCUCAGACACUGUGGUGUUUGUCUUUCCGAUCGUCAAGGUGACACCGGCCCACAGCCAGUGUGUCUGAAUCAGGAGGCACUAGUGGACGUUAUAGCCCAGUUGAGACGAACUCCUGCUGGGCUAGACCCCAUCCUCCAGCGAACUGUGCCGUGGGGGGUGGCCUUCCACCAUGCAGGUCUGACAUUUGAUGAACGCGAUGUGUUGGAGGGAGCUUUUCGUCAAGGCAUGGUCAGAGUCCUGGCUGCCACCUCCACUCUCUCUUCAGGAGUUAACCUCCCUGCCCGCAGGGUCAUCAUUCGAACCCCUACCUUCAACGGACACUUGUUGGACCCACUCACGUACAAACAGAUGGCUGGACGAGCAGGGAGAAAAGGAGUAGACACUACAGGUGAAAGUGUGUUGGUUUGUAAGGAGGCAGAGCGUCAGAAAGGUAUUAGUCUCCUUAACGGUGCUCUUCAGCCAAUCAACAGUUGCCUGGUGAGAAGGGAAGGGGAAGGUGUCACCACUAGCAUGCUGAGAGCCAUCCUGGAGAUCAUUGUCGGAGGUGUAGCCAGCACUCCACAGGAUGUGAGGUUGUAUGCUUCCUGCUCUCUACUGGCUGCCAGCAUGAAAUGUGACAGCAAACACAAAUCAAAUGAGCCCAACAACAAAGGGGCUAUUGAGGCCUGUGUCGAAUGGCUGAUGGAGAAUGAAUUUAUUAGCAUCCAGAAGGACGGACAAGAGGAACGGUACUGUCCCACUCAGCUUGGUGCUGCCACCCUGUCCUCCUCCCUCUCCCCUCCUGAGGCUCUAGGAAUAUUUGCAGACCUCCAGCGUGCCAUGAAGGGCUUUGUACUGGAAAAUGAUUUGCACAUUCUCUACCUGAUCACCCCAUUGUACGCAGAGUGGACUACCAUAGACUGGUAUCAGUUCUUCUGUCUGUGGGAACAGCUCUCAUCAUCGAUGAAGAGAGUGGCAGAGAUGGUGGGCGUCCAGGAAGGAUUUCUCGCACGGUCUGUCAGCGGCAAACUUGUUGCCAAGACAGAAAAGCAGCGUAGACAGAUGGCAAUUCAUAAACGGUUUUUCACCACGCUUGUACUACAGGAUCUGGUGAACGAGGUGCCUUUGGGAACAGUGGCAUCUAAAUACAACUGCAAUCGUGGACAGUUACAGUCUCUGCAGCAGUCUGCUUCUACCUAUGCAGGUAUGGUAACGGUGUUCUGCAAACGUCUGGGCUGGCACAACAUGGAGCUGCUGUUGUCUCAGUACCAGACCAGGCUGAGCUUUGGAGUCCAGAGGGAGCUGGUCGACCUGGUCAGGGUUUCACUCUUGAAUGCAACACGAGCCAGAGCACUCUACGCACAAGGGCUCUGUACUGUUGCUGAACUAGCCAGGGCUACUGUGGCUGAUGUGGAGAAAGCCUUAAGGAACGCAGUCCCAUUUAAGAGCUCUAAACGUGCGGUGGAUGAGAGUGAGAUGGAGGCAGCUGAGAGACGGAGCCUUCGCUGUGUCUGGGUGACUGGUGGACGGGCCCUGACGGAACAGGAAGCAGCCACUGAAAUAGUUUCUGAGGCAAGGCUGCUCCUUCAGGAAGACCUGGCCCGGCUAGGAGUUCAGUGGGACCCAACAACACUUCCUCCUGGGGCUCCUGCUGUGAACAGCUGUGACAACCGUCAUAGCAGUGACACAGAAACCUCAUCCGUCUCAUAUCUCAGUUCACCUGAAGCACAGACAGAAAACACUAGAGACCACCAAGAGGGAGACAGGCUCAAGAAAAGCAAGGGCAGAGUUACUGACAGACAUAGAGAGGAGGGUGAGGAGGAAUGUAAGAGUGAGAAAAUGGUGGCUGAAAGAAAAAAGGAUAAACCAGACGGUGAUGCCAGGAGAGAGCAAGGAAAGUCCAAACCUGCUGAGAAGGAAGGGGGAAAACGUUUGGAGGUGCACAGAAAGGAAGACAGGGCUGACCCAGAAAUCGCACAAACAGAUAAUGUGGUGCCAGUGGAAAGUGGCAAAGAAACAGAGAUGACAGAGACAAAUAAAAAGCUGUCCAUGGCAAAUGAAACAAAAAAUUGGUCAGAGAAAGAAGGGGAAGAGCGCAAAAAAUCAGAGGAGAAAGGAGUCAAGAAAAGUGACAGUACAGUCUCAGCCAGACCAGGGGGUCAACAAGCCAAACGGCCCCAUCCUGAAAGGAGCCUGACACAGGAACUGGCUGAGAUUGUAUCCAGCCCUCUGCCUCAAUCGCUGCCACAUCCUCAGCCCUCACCUCCUCCAAUGCCGCCCCCACGCUUCAGAGCCCUGAUGCCCCGGGUAGAACAACAACAAAGUGUUUCCACAAGGACUUUAAAAGGAGAUGGUAACAAAGGGGUUGCUGCCUCACCUGUGCAGCCAGGUAGACUGAAGCACUCACGAGCCCUAAGCAAAGUCCUGCACUCGAUACAAACUGAUAAAUGUCUACAAGACAGUGUAGCGAGUGCACAGGCAUCCCACCCGGGAGCAACAGUUUCUGCUCCUACAAAUGCAGACACAUUAAAUUCCCUUCCGUCUGUUUCUCCUGCCUCAGUUCCCUUAUACUCUCCUGAAGCCAAGCGAAGAAGGAUAGAGGACAGAGGGGUAGAUAAGUUCUCAUCUCCCGAGCUGUACGCAGGAGAUGAGAGAGAUGAAGAAGCUGGGGGAGACAUUAAAAAGGGAGAAGAGAGUUUUGGUGACAGCUUUGAAUUGGACACUCAGACAGAAAGAAUCAUUGUUCAACAUGCAUACCAAGACAGAGACGGGAAUGAUGGAGGAAUGAAUCAGGUGGUAGAAACAGAAGAGAUAAAAGAGGGGGAAAUGGUAGACACAGGCAUAGAGCGGGAAGACGACACAGAUGAGGGGAAAAAUGGACCUGCCCCACACAAUGCCUGUCCUAGAUUCAAUAUCUCUCUCACAGAUAGCCAGAUGGAGCUCAUCCUUAACACCAGCCACCAGGUUUCCCCUGGUCCCGGUGGUGGUGAUAACGUGGAUGAAGACAAAAACGAAGGUGGUGGUGGUGAUGAUAAUGAAGCCCUCGAUGCCAAUCAGGUUGCUUCUGAGAGUCCUAACAGAAGCAGUAGCUUCCUGUUCGACAGCCUGUACGACAGCUCUCUGCUCGCUGGUCUGAGCCCACAACAGAUCCUUGAUCAGUCUGAUGAAGAGGAAUCUGAGUGCCAUCUCCCAUCAACCCAGGAGCGACGACGCAGUGAGCUUCUUGCCAACCAGGAUGCAGAAAAGCAGGAGGCGAUCCAAUGGGGCGAGUCCUCCUUCAACCUGUCAGAGUGGGGCGACUCGCUGUUUGUGGGCGAGCAUUUUCUGGAGAGGCAGAGCUUGCUCAGACAUUCAGAGAGAACGCGACACGAGCAAGAAGCCCGCCAUUGUCAAGCGCAGCAACCCGACGCAGACCAUGCUCUGCCUGAGGAACGGCUGUCAAAUUCACCUUCUGAACCCUGUCAGAUACAGCCACAGCCUGACUGUAUUGUAACUCCGAAUGAGCGUGACAAGGACACAGCUAAGCAGUUCACUAAUGGUCAAAAUAAGAAUAAACCAGGUGGGAGACAGGGAAGGAUAAACAAAGAGGGUGAAAGUGGAAAUCAGGUCGAGGAGGAAAAGGAAGCAAAAAUGAAUGUUCUAUUGCCAGAUAAUGUGCCUCAAAGUACUGUUCAUUGCAGCCCCGGUUUACAAGAGAUCUUUGACCGUUGGCCUAGUAUGUCUGACCAGUCCUGGCACAACACUACAACAGGCCACACAGCUACUCAAACACACACUACACACACUGCUGCUGCAAACACAGUGGAUGCUCCUGAUCUACCUCAGACUUUAAUGCAAGUGAGCAGAAAAAGGGGAAAGGUAAAUGUGCAAUCUGCUGCUGCCGAGAGUGACUCUCAACCAGAACAACCCCCAACACAUGACACUGAGAAUGUAAGAGAGAGGCCCGGAUCCGCUGGUGACCUUAUUCCCCCCACCCCGGAAACGCCACCUGUCACACCCAGAAUAAAACUGACCACCUCCUCGGUCCAGUCGCCCCUCACCACCCGGCCACUUAACCAGUCAACUCCCUCAACACUUCCUCCACGUAAAUCAACUGCCCCAAAAUGUCGUAAAUCUCACCCAGGAAACAGUAAUCAUCUAUCAGAGGCUGCCGACACUGAACAGCCUGAUUCUAUGCCUGAUUGGAGCCGCAAACACCAGCUAAGGCAUCCAAAGACUCUACCUGAAUCAGAGCCGAAGUCUGUUCCGUGCUCAAGUUCAAAAACCAAACCUCCUCGACACUGUGCUUCUCCAUCCUCUCCCCGGCCGAAGCCUCCCUCUGAUACUGAAUCGCCCGUGACUGACGAAGGCUUCACUCUUCAGCUGUCCCAGGAUUCAUCACUCUGUUCCAGCAACUCUGGGACCUUCUCCAUCGUAGAUGUGGCAAGUGAGAGGCGCCUCUUUGACACUUUCAUUAAAGAGUGGAAAACAAAGGAACGGUACUCUCUGGCUUUGGCCUGUGAAAGGAGGGAGCACAGACAGCAGCCUGAGGGGGAGAUAGGAGGGAAACACACAAGAGCUCAUCAGAAGCUCAACAGGACUGAUGGUUUUCCAGUAAGAGACAGUGAUGGACUGGUGUUGAUUGGACUGUCUGUCUGCUGGGGAGCAAGAGAUGCAUACUACAUAUCUCUGCAGCAAGAGCAGAGCAAAGGCUUGAGCGCCAGUCUGGCUCCUCCUCCACUGGAUGGUGAUUUGCCAGUAAGUGAGAGGCUGGGGCAGGUGAAGGCCUGUCUGAGCAGGCCAUUGGCUGGUCUUAAAGGGGAUGUGAUUGUCACGUAUGACAUUAUCCAAGUGUACAAGACGCUAGUCCUGAGCUGUGGCAUCAGCUUGGAGGGCAGCUGUGAAGACCCCAAGGUGGCGUGCUGGCUGGUGGACCCUGGCAGUGAGGAGAGGACUCUACCCAACAUGGUGACCGUCUACUGUCCCGAAGAAUUACCUCUGCUGGAUGGACUUGGGAAUGCGCAUGCACACUGUCCUCGUGUCAGGGCAGCGACCAAGAGUGUGCUUGUACACGCUGUCAUGAACCAUCUCACCAGCCUGCUGGAGAAAGACGGCAUGCUUGAUUUAUUCAGGAGCGUUGAGAUGCCCUCCCAGGUAUGUUUGGCUCUGUUGGAAUUGAAUGGAUUGGGCUUCAGUGUUAGAGAGUGUGAGAGACAAAAACAUGUAAUGCAGGCCAAACUCACAGCGCUGGAAUCUCAGGCGUACAACCUGGCUGGACACAGCUUCUCCCUCACCAGUAUCGACGACAUUGCUCAGGUGUUGUUCUUGGAGCUCCACCUGCCUCCAAAUGGUGAUGUGGGGGGAUCAAAAAGUAAGAAGACUCUGGGCUAUACCAGGAGAGGUGGUGGCAGAGUACGGCUUGGAAAACAGUUCAGUACCACCAAGGACGUGCUGGAGAAACUUUGCCCCAUGCACCCGUUGCCAGGUGUGAUUCUGGAGUGGAGACGGAUCACUAACGCCUUGACUAAAGUGGUGUUCCCCCUGCAGAGGGAGAAGCAACACCACCCUACACUGGCCAUGGACAGAAUAUACCCCAUCGCCCAGACACACACAGCCACAGGUAGAGUGAGCUUCACUGAGCCCAACAUACAGAAUGUCCCCAAAGACUUUGAGAUCUACAUGCCCACAGUGGUGGGGGAGAGCCCUCCCUCACAAAACGGCCAAAUGACCACCAAAGCAGGAAAGAAGAGACGUUCUGUGGUUCCCUCAGUUACAGCUGGAGCUGCAGAACAAGGCCCAGCCUUCUCCGUCAGCAUGAGACAUGCUUUUGUACCCUUUUCAGGUGGGAUGAUAUUAGCAGCUGAUUAUUCCCAGCUGGAGUUGAGAGUAUUGGCUCACCUGUCCAAAGAUCAGCGACUUCUACAGGUGCUGAAUGGAGGAGCAGACGUGUUUCGUUGCAUCGCUGCUGAGUGGAAAAGUGUCGACCCAGAGACUGUGAAAGACAACCUCAGACAACAGGCAAAACAGAUUUGCUAUGGCAUUAUCUACGGGAUGGGAGCCAAGUCUUUGGGGGAGCAAAUGGGAGUGGAGGAGAAUGAUGCGGCCUGCUACAUAGAGAGCUUCAAGGCCAGAUACAAAGGGAUUAAUGCUUUUCUUAAAGAAACAGUGAAGAAUUGUAUCAAGAGUGGCUAUGUUCAGACUCUGAUGGGCCGUAGGAGAUACCUACCUGGAAUCACUAACACCAAUACGCACAUCAAAGCCCAUGCUGAGCGCCAGGCAGUGAACACGACCGUGCAGGGCUCAGCAGCAGACAUCGUCAAACUUGCCACUGUGAACAUCCAGAAGCAACUGCGAAAAACAUUUCCUGCUGCUCCACUGUCUCACCAGCACACACGCUCAGCCAGGAAUCAGUGCAGGGCUGGGACGUCUCAGCUGAGAGGAGCCUACUUUGUCCUGCAGCUGCAUGAUGAACUCAUCUAUGAAACCACAGAGGAAGAUCUCAUACAGGUUGCUCAGAUAGUCAAGAGGGAGAUGGAGUCAGCAGUAAAACUCUAUGUAAAGCUUAAGGCCAAAGUCAAGGUGGGACCCAGCUGGGGGAACCUGCAGGAUCUGGAUCUAUAACGUGACUAUUUUAAUGUUUGAUGCCAUAAUCAAAUUCCAUGUAGUUACUGCUUUAAGUUCUAUGAUAUGUAAAUACUAUAAUUUGUAUAAAAAUUAAUAUUUUUAAUCAAUACAUUGACAAUGAUGAAAUAUAAAAUAAACCCACAGUCAAUGAUUGCUCUAUGAGCUGUAAAUUAACUACUGAAUGGAUUUAUAAUUCUAUUUUAUGAUGUACAG